AUGAAAAUCCUAGCAUGGAACUGCCGGGGGUUGGCUAGCCACCGGGCAGUUCGAGUGCUUCUGGAGGUCCAGAGGCGGGAGAAUCUAGAUGUUCUUUUUCUGUCUAAGACACAUCUGAGUAAAGCAAAGGCAGAAAACCUAAAGCGUAAAGUGGGUUGUGAGAAGUUUGCCAUCCAUGAGAGUGAUGGUCGUAGUGGAGGUUUGUUGAUGCUCUGGAAGAAGGAGGUGGUGGUAAGACCGGUAAAUAUAUCCCAGUACUAUAUUGAUGUAGUAAUGGGUGAAGGGGAGGAGUGGCAUCUAACUGGGAUUUAUGGAGACCCCUACCAUAAAGAACAGACUUGGGAGGCGCUGAGAGAGCUUAAAGAUAGCAUGAGCACGUUGCCAUGGCUGACGAUGGGUGAUCUCAAUGAAAUUUGGUAUCACCAUGAAAAGGAAGGAGGCAGAGCAAGAUCACAAAGGCAAUUACAAGACUUUCAAGAUGCUCUUGAUGACUGUGGGCUAUCUGAUAUGGGGUAUUCAGGAGAUAUCUUCACCUGGCAUCGGGGGAGGAUUAGGGAGCGGCUUGAUCGUGGUGUAAUAAAUGACCAAUGGAGAGAUAUGUUCCCCAAUGCUAAAAUAGUGAAUGGAGAGUACCUCAAGUCUGAUCACCGGCCUUUAAGUGUGAGGACUGAGGCUUUGCAGGGGCAGUAUCAGGUCAAUUGCGUUACAAAACGUUUCGAAGCCAAAUGGUUGAAGGAAGAGACAGUGCAGGAGGUGGUGCAGACGGCCUAG